AUGGAUCACUAUCAUGACGUUCUAAUCAUCGGUGCUGGCAUGUCGGGAAUUGGCUUCGCCAUUCAACUGAUCCGCCAAUAUGGCACAAGAAACUUCCAACUCGUCGAAAAGUCGGGCCACAUUGGUGGCACUUGGCACAUGAAUUCAUACCCCGGUUGUGGAUGCGAUGUGCCGUCUCAUUUUUACUCGUAUUCUUUCGCUCUUAAUCCCUAUUGGCCACGAAAGUUCGCGUUCAACGUGCGGCUAGAAACCGCUGUCGAGGCUGCAACAUGGAACACCACUUCGGGAACGUGGUCCAUCUCCUUGCGCGAUCUCAAGACAUCCGAAACUUUCGAGUGCUGCUGCAAAAUCCUCGUUUCGGCCGUUGGAGCACUAUCUGUGCCCAAAGAGUUCGAUGUCCCCGGCGCAUCGACAUUCCAGGGAAAGAUGUUUCACACGGCUAAGUGGGAUCACUCUUUCAACUGGACUAACAAAGAGGUUAUCGUCAUCGGUAAUGGGUGCAGCGCAACGCAAGCAGUUCCCGUGAUGAGCGACGGCCGUGGGGCAGCAAAGAAAAUUACCCAGUUCGGCCGUCAAGCUCACUGGCUCGCGGAGCGUCCUAACCCGAAGUACUCUGCGCUCUUUAAGUGGACGAUGAAAUGGGUGCCGCUGGCCAUGCGACUCUACCGCGCCAAACUCUACUGGGAGAAAGAAAAGGACUUUCGGGGCUUUGAUGUCGAAACGGGUGCAGAGACCCGCAGAGAAUGGUCCAAGGAGGCCGCGGACUACAUUCGGGGAAAAUUCUCCGGCCAAGUAUCGUGA